CAACUGGCUGGGCUAACUUUGACAAUCAUUAGAAAGGAGGAGCAAGAAACAAACAGACCCUACAAGCUUAAGAAACAACAAAGCGGGAAGCCGGAGUGCCCGGAGAAAACCCACGCAUGCACAGGGAGAACAUGCAAACUCCAUGCAGAAAGAUCCCAGGCCCAGGCCGGGAUUUGAACCAGGGAUCUUCUUGCUGCAAGCUCAGGGCCAUGAGGUCAUCUUCCCUCCUCCUGCUCUUCUUCCUUGCGGAUGUGAGCGAUGUUCUUGGGGGUUCAGACUUCAGAAUCUGCGCCUUCAACCUCCACAGCUUUGGAGAGUCCAAAAGCAAGAACAGCGAAGUUAUGCAGACUCUUGCCAGGAUCAUUACCCGCUAUGAUGUGUGUUUGCUUCAGGAAGUGAGAGACAGUAAAGGAAAAGCUUUGCCACAGCUGCUCAACAGCCUCCAGAGCUAUGACACUAAACACAGGUAUAGCGCUGUGACCAGCGAGCGACUGGGAAGGUCUGAAACAUACCAGGAGCAGUAUGUGUUUGUUUACAGGACUGACUCUGUGACAGUAACUGGUCAGUAUCAGUAUCCAGAUGAUAAACCAGGAGAUGUAGAUGCAUUCUCCAGGGAGCCUUUUGUUGUCCGAUUCAAAGCCCCGAAAACAGCUAUUAGAGAAUUCACCCUCAUCCCUCAGCACACGACUCCAAGCAACACCACGAAGGAGCUUGAUGCACUUUACGAUGUUUUGCAACGUGUGAGACAGAUGUGGAGAACCGAGAACGUGAUGCUUCUUGGAGACUUCAACGCCGACUGUGGCUACCUGGCUAAGAAGAACAGGAAGUAUGUGCGGCUGCUUACAGAAAGCAACCUCUUUUGGCUCAUACCUGAUGACGUCGACACCACCGUGCGAUCGACCACAUUCUGCUCCUAUGACAGGAUCGUUGUGCACGGAGAAACCUUUCACAGAGCAAUUGUUCCUUCUUCAGCCAAACCAUUUAACUUCCAAGAAGCAUAUCGACUAACAGAGGACCAGGCUCUGGAUGUCAGCGACCACUACCCUGUGGAGGUCCAGCUGAAGAUUGACAACAGUCCCGUGGGUGGCGCAAACAAACCAACAAAUCAGAAAAUGCUCUUUUCUUUCCUCGUCCAUUUUGUCCUUCAAAUGUUAACAUGGUAGCUGAAUAAUAAACCGACAGCAAUAGAAUCUGAGGACAGCUGACUUCAUGAUUCCUCAACAUAUGGAGCCAAAAAUCUGAAUAUUCUGAAAUAUUUAGGCAGAAUUUUUAUACACUGAAUGUCACCUGCAGCAUAAUCACUGUCUUUAUGGCAAACAGUCUGUUGUCAUGUAAAAUAAACUGCAUAAAUAUCAAAUAUAAAAAUGUUUCUCUGAUAAGAAACUUAGCUGUUGUAAAUACUCUGGUUGAAAUGUUGUUUUGAGCAUUAUUUAUAGUGGAUUAAACACAAGGUCAGAUCUUAAA